UAGGUUUGGAGUUUGGUGUGCUGGCCCCUCCCCGCCUCCUCUCUCACCAGCAGCCUAUUCAUUCCUGCUCCCAGCUCCGGGGCUCCCCUCCCUCUGCACUCCGAGCACAGCCAGGCGCCGGCAGCCGGGACACAAGUGCCCCUACAAGCUACACAGUGGGACCUCGUAACCCCAGCAUGGCCCGAGGUCAGUCCGCAGGAUGAUCUAGGCGGGGUCCGGUAUCUGCCUGCCCGGAGGAGAUCUACGACACGGUCUGUCUUUCAACCGGAUACUGUCUAAUAUGCUGGCCCAGCAGUGAUGUAGAAUGGGACAAAGUAAAUCUCGCCUUGUACCUGAGCAUGAUGCUAAAAAUCUAGCCCCCUGUCAUCAUGAUUCCUGUGGCCGAGUUCAAGCAGUUCACAGAGCAGCAGCCGGCCUUCAAAAUACUCAAGCCCUGGUGGGAUGUCCUGGCCGAAUAUAUUACCAUCGCCAUGCUCAUGAUUGGGGUCUUUGGAUGCACCUUGCAGAUUACUCAGGACAAGAUCAUUUGUCUUCCUAACCAUACCUCUGCUGACGUUGUUUCCCAAAUUUCCUGCCAAGAAUUCACCCAAAGCUCUCAAGCACCAAACGCUAGUGAAGAAGACCCAUCCAGUUCCACUCCUUCUCCUAUUGCUACUACGGUCCCCCCACGCGAGAUGAGUGGACUGCGCAAUAACUUGGACCUUCAGCAGUAUAGCUUUAUUAAUCAGAUGUGCUACGAGACUGCUUUACAUUGGUAUGCAAAAUAUUUCCCAUACCUUGUGGUCAUUCACACUCUUAUCUUUAUUAUCUGCGGCAAUUUCUGGUUCAAAUUUCCUGGCACAAGCUCCAAAAUAGAGCACUUUAUCUCCAUCCUAGGCAAGUGUUUUGAUUCUCCAUGGACCACUCGAGCACUCUCUGAGGUUUCAGGAGAGACAACGCAGGAGCAGAAUGCAGACAGAGAGCUUUCAAAGCCCAACUCUGAGGAGACCAGCCCUGCAACCACUGAACUUCCAGCUACGCAAAAACUUGUGGCAGAAACCUCUUCGGCUAGUGUUUUAGACAAGAAGGAAGGAGAACAGGCCAAAGCCCUAUUCGAGAAAGUCAAGAAGUUUCGGCAUCAUGUGGAAGAAGGUGACCUUCUCUAUUCCAUGUAUAUGCGUCAAACCAUACUGAAAGUCUGCAAAUUUGUUCUUAUUACCGUGUACAAUGCUGCAUUGGUAGGGAAAAUACAUUUCAUUGUCCCGUGUAGUGUUCAUACCGAAGAAAUGACUGGUUACAACAGCUUCUGUUGCAACCACACAAAGGCUCAUCUCUUCUCCAAGCUGGCUAUAAGCUAUUUGUGCUUUUUGGGAGUCUAUGGUUUAACUUGCUUCUAUACACUGUAUUGGCUUUUCCGACGCCCCUUGAAGGAGUAUUCCUUCCGAUAUGUUCGGGAAGAAACUGGGAUUAGUGAUAUUCCUGAUGUCAAGAAUGAUUUUGCAUUUGUGCUUCACCUUGUGGAUCAAUAUGACUCUCUGUACUCUAAGCGGUUUGCUGUGUUUCUGUCGGAAGUUAGUGAAAGUAGGCUGAGGCAGCUUAAUCUCAACCAUGAAUGGCCAGCAGAUAAAUUACGUCAGAAGCUCCAGCAAACACCAGAAGGUCGCUUAGAACUUCAUCUGUUCAAACUGCCAGGAUUGCCAGAUACAGUGUUUGAAGUGGUUGAGACUGAGUCUCUAAAACUGGAAAUGAUAACUGAAGCACAUAUUCCUCCUCUGGUGUCCAAAUUAAUACGGUUGGAAGAACUGUCAUUGUUCAACUGCUCAGCCAAGGUACAGCACGCCUCUCUGGCCUACCUACGGGAUCACCUUCGGAUCCUUCAGAUUAAGUUUGAUGACAUUAAAGAGAUUCCACUUUGGAUUUUUAGCCUCCGAGCCCUUGAGGAGCUCCAUCUGAUUGGCUUACUCUCCCACGACCUCUCAAAAAAUGCUGCUAUAGAAAGCUUGCGGGAAUUAAAGAGCCUGAAGUUGUUGGUCUUGAAGAGCAAUCUUUCUAAAGUUCCUCAAACUGUUACAGAGGUAGCUAGCCACUUACAGAAGCUUAGCAUUCAGAAUGAUGGCACAAAGCUCCUCACAGUUAAUGCAUUAAAGAGACUUUCUCUGUUGAAGGAAUUAGAGCUGAUCCGAUGUGAUCUAGAGCGGAUUCCCCAUGCUGUCUUCAGUCUUAACAAUCUGCAAAUGUUGGACUUAAAGGACAACAGCCUACACACCAUAGAGGAGAUCAUAAGCUUACAGCACUGCCGGAAACUUAACGUUCUUAAGCUGUGGCACAACCAGAUCGCAUACAUCCCUGAGCACAUACGGAAACUGAAAGGGCUGGAAGAGUUGUGCUUGAAUCGCAACAAGAUUCUUGUGUUGCCGCCUCAACUCUUUCUCUGCACCAAGCUCCGACACCUUGACCUAUCUUUCAAUGAGAUCCGGGAGCUUCCUCCAGAAGUUGGAGUUUUGCAGAUGCUGCAGUACUUAGCUUUAACGGGGAACUUUUUGGAAGAUCUUCCCAAUGAGCUGUUCUUUUGCCAAAAGCUAAAGACUUUGAAGGUGGGGCAAAAUAAGCUUACAAGCCUGAACCCCAAAAUUGGAUCUCUUGUUUCCUUGCUGAGACUGGAUAUUAAAGGCAACAGAAUUGAUGUUUUGCCCCCAGAACUUGGGGGAUGUGUCGGUCUUAAGAAGUCUGGCUUUGUAGUAGAGCUUUCGUUACUUGAAACUCUGCCACUUGACCUGCGGGAUAGGCUAAGUGAGGAAUGAUGAGAGAGUUGGAUGGUAGGACGAGCGUUAGUGGCUGAUUAUGUAGUUUGAGAGACAGAAACUUGCACUAGAUACAGGGAAACGCAUGUAGCUGGCAGUCUCUAUGUCUAAUACAGAUAUGAACGAAUCUUUGGCAAAAGGUAGCUCUAAAACCAGAGUGAGUAAUAGUUAUCAAGUGAUGAAAAAGGGGAAAGUUUCUAGAAAUGGAUUUCCAUCCCCCCAAACACUUUCUGAUCUUUUCUUACUUUUCACAUAGCAUGCAUUGUGUAUCCUUACCUCAAUAGCGGCCUUAAUUCCUAACACCUAUUGGCAUUUUAUAAAUUCAGUAUGUCUGCCUCCACAGUACCAGGUUGUAAGGAUGUCCUUGCUUAAAAAUUUCAAAUAUGUAUCUACAAAGGUCCCCACCCACUGUCCAUAUGAGAAUACAAUUAGAAAGUUCAGUUGCCCAACAGACUGGCUUGGAGAAACACCGCCCAGGUCAGGGCUGACCCUUGCUAGGAUUCCUAUGCACUAGACCUCUGUGGACUUAGUUUUAUUUGAGACUUUAUUUUUAUGGACCGACCAGCAUAUGGCCACCCGUAUUACUCGGCUGUACAUUUUUUGUUUUUUUAAUUAUUUAAAAAUAAAAAUAAACAUUUCAGUAAAUAA